UAUCUGGAGCACACUUUACUAACGUGGAGAGGGGGCUCACGUUACGAAAGGUCACGAAUUCUACGAGACGCCGUUUGACAGAUGCACACUUACGCAGGGACGAAGGAUAUGUUUCGUACAGUAGUGCAGAAUGCAAUCGAUGGGCGCCGGGAGAAACUGCAUCAGAUCAGCCGGUUCCUCUGGGGGAAUCCCGAACUGGCGCUCGAAGAAGUGAAGGCACAUGACUACCUCACCGACUUCCUCGAGUCGGAAGGAUUUUCUGUGCAGAGAAACUACUUGCUGCCGACAGCAUUCCGAGCUGAAUACCGAAGCCCAGGCGGCAGCGAGGAAGUUACCACAAACGGCCCCACCGUUGCUGUGAUGUGCGAGUACGAUGCUCUGCCUGACAUUGGUCACGCCUGCGGUCACAACCUGAUCGCCGAGUGUGGCGUGGCAGCAGGAAUUGCGAUCAAGGAGGUGCUGUGUAAGGACCCCACUCUGACUGGAAAGGUGGUUGUCCUGGGAACCCCAGCCGAGGAGCGAUACGGGGGCAAGGAGCUCCUUAUCCGCAGAGGAGCUUUCGAUGACGUGCACGUUGCCAUGAUGGCUCAUCCAGCUCAACGCGAUGGCCUUAAGUAUGUUUUCCCGGCCACGCUUCAGCUGACGGUACGGUUCACUGGAAAGACUGCGCACGCGGGUGCAUCCCCCUGGGAAGGAGUGAACGCCCUUGAUGCAGCAGUCAUGUCUUACAUGAGCAUUUCUCUGCUCAGGCAGCAACUCAAGCCAUCGUGGAGAGUGAGCGGUGUGGUGAUUCGUGGUGGGAAGUACGCCAACGUAAUACCGGAAGAAAGCGAGCUCAAGUAUCACAUCCGCGCUCCUAACCUGGUGGAACUGAAGGCUCUUCUUACCAAAGUGGAAUCCUGCUUUCAGUCAGCGGGAGACUCCACGGGAUGUGACGUACACAUCGAGAAAGCUACACCCUACAAGAAUAUGAUCAACAAUAUCACUCUGAUUCAAGUCUACCAGGAACACGCGGAAUACUUAGGUGUGCAGUUUGAUGAUCCCGAUCCCAAUAUCCUCUUGUCAACGGGAGCGUCGACCGACGCGGGUAAUGUGUCUCAAAUCGUUCCCUGCAUUCAUCCAACCUUCAAGCUGAACUCUGCCGGUCACAACCACACCAGGGAGUUCCAGGAGGCGGCUGGAACGGAUGAAUCACAGCUUCCGACAUUGACAGUGGCCAAAGCCCUGGCGUUGACUGCUGUGCAAGUGAUACAAGAUACCGACCUUCUAGCAAAAGCCCAAGCAGAGUUUCAUAGCUCCACAGCUGCUGUUGUUGAUGGCGCAUUAUGAGCUCUCGUCUCAUCUUAUUUCUGCUUAUGUGUUGGAUUAAGUAAAAUGUCUGAAGCGACGAAAUGUA